GGUAGUCUUAAAGCUGUUCUUUCUUAUUAGGGAACGCCCUUUUAAGACGUUUAGUUCGAAUUGGUGUGUUAGAUGAAAACCGGAUGAAGCUUGAUUACGUUUUGGGUUUACGUGUCGAAGAUUUCUUGGAACGACGACUUCAGACUCAAGUUUUCAAACACGGUUUAGCAAAGAGCAUUCACCACGCUAGAGUUCUAAUCCGUCAGAGGCACAUCAGAGUACGUAAACAAGUGGUGAAUAUACCAUCUUUCAUUGUACGGCUGGACUCUGAGAAACACAUCGACUUCUCCUUGAAGUCUCCAUUCGGUGGUGGCCGACCUGGACGCGUAAAGAGGAAGAAUAGCCGAAAGACUCAAGGUGGCGCUGGUGGUGAGGAGGAAGACGAAGAUUAAACUAUAACACGUUUGUUAAUUGUCCUUGUACUAUCCAAGAUGAAGUAAUAAAACAUUUGGUGGACAUUGA